AUGGCGAUGCCGGAUAAUACCCUUGUCAUCUAUGCGGUGACUAUCACGACAUUCCUGUUGGCCACAACCCUUAUUGUAUUGCGACUGGUAGCUCGAUAUGUGACCAAGGUUGAGACCUGGUGGGACGACUGGUUCGCCCUCCUCGCAUAUCUGUGCGCAUUUGGAUUUUCAGGUGUUGUUAUCGAAUGGACCCUGGGUGCAGGCCUGGGCCGGCCUCUCGAGGUCAUCAACAUCAGCAGGGAGGACGCCUUCUACCAGUCACGAAUGCUUCUCUGGAUCGGCGAGAUCAUCUACGCCUUUACCCUGACAUUUUCAAAGCUCUCCGUCCUCGGCUUCUACUGGCGGCUGUUCAGCACCUCGGGGAUCCGUAUCCCCAUCCAGAUUCUGACCGGAGCUUCGAUCGCCUGGCUCGCCAUCCGCACACCCAUGGCCAUCUUUCAUUGCGUUCCGGUGCAGGCUUUCUGGGACUUGACGGUGGAUAAUAAAGUGUGCAACAUCGACGACUCAAAGUUCUUCUUUGGCACGGUGCUGGUUCACCUGAUUAUCGAUGUCUUGAUCCUUGUGCUGCCUGUCGUUCAGGUGAAGAAUCUCCGCCUGCAGUUGGGACAGAAGAUUGCUGUGAUUGGUGUCUUCAUGUUCGGAAUCUUGGUCUGCGUAGCUUCAAUUGGCGUCUUGAUUGAGUCGUCCAAGUUUGACUCCAACUCCCCCGAGAUGCCUCUGGAAAUCUCCCCCAUCAUCAUAUGGGCCACAAUGGAGGUUAACCUUGCCAUCGUAUCCACAUGCCUCCCUCUCAUGCGACCCAUCUUCCGCCGAAUGCUCCCCGACUCUGUUAUGGGCUCCGACCCGCGAAGCAGCCCAAUCACCAGGUCCGACACAGGCAGCCUCGCCGGCUUCAAGCUGAACAGAUUCAACACCAUGCACGAGAUGGACGACGGCUGCUCUGUCAGGAACUUCCCUGACAUCGAGACUGGCUCGAUAAGCUCGGACGAGUUUGGCCGCCCGAGAGGGUACACUGGCCCGCAGACGUUCAGCUCUGUGAGGGCUGAGGAUGGACAGCGGUUGCAUCGUGACUUCAAGGGGAUUCAUGUAAAGAAUGAGACGAGGGUCUCGUAUGAGCAGAUGAAGUAG